UGAAUAAGAAAAAAAACAAAUGUUGAGAUACAUUUUUUCGCAUACUGUCUUCAUUUUCCUCCUCCCUUUCUCUCCACCCUCUUCAUCUAUCAUCCUUUUCAUCAUACACUGUUCAUCAUCUCUACCGCCAUGCAUUUCUCAUCCUUUCUUGCCUGAAAAAAAUAAGAGAGAAGAUACUUUUCAUUCGAAUCGUUCACUCCGCCUUCACGACAAACAUUUUCAUCGUCAAAUCACUUUAUAUAAAAUACCAAAACAUCUUUUCAGGCCACUUUUAACAUCGCCAAUACCAACUGAUUCGUCGUUUGUAACAGUUGUCAUCAACAGUUUUACAGUUUAACUAAGUGAUUAAAUCAACUGGACAAUUUUGAUGGUAACCACAAACAUCGACUCAAUCAUGUUCAAAAUCAUUGUCAUUAUCGCAUCAACAUUUUGUUUAUGUGAAAGUGCUGUCUGGACUUCAUUGAAUAACCGAGGAGUUGAGCCUAGAGUUAGAGAUCGAGAAACUCAAAUUGCGUCUUCAAGUCAGUUGAUUCAUAAUUACUCGUUAUUAGACAAAAGCAAGGGUAAAUUAAAGCAAUUACCUAAAGUCGUUUAUAAUGAUCACGGUGAUAUCAUAUCUUCAGCGAGUAACUUGAUCCGAGAUGAUGCAGAUAUUGGAUUUGAUCAUGAAGACGAUACUGGAGGACCAAUUGAAAAUUAUAAAGAAAACGUUUACAAUUCAAAUUUAAAAGCAGCUGCUGUGGACAAUGGCGAUGAUGCACCAAACGAUUUUACCAGUGAUAGAGCAAAUAACGAUGGUCCAGUUACGGUCAUUCCUUCACCGCCAACAGUAUCACCGCUUUGGUUGAAUGAGAAUAGUGGUGACUCUUAUGGUGAUACCAAUGGUAACAGAAGUAACUUUGGCGGCAGUUAUUCAAAUAAAUUGGUUAAAUUUGAUGAUGUCACUCCAACCCCUCCGAUUCCAAUGGCAUCGACUCGGUCACCAAGGAUUAUACGAGCUCGUAAACGACCACAAAAAGGUAAAGAUUCGUCAAGCAACAGAUCCAAUGAUAGAGAAAAUGGUGGUUCUCAAGGGAUAUUUAGAAAGGUUGAACCGCGAUUUAACUCUUAUAAUCGGAUAAAUGAACAAAUUGGUAAAAAGGAGCCACCAAACAAUUCAUUUGAAUCUACUCCUUUCCCGUCAAAUUAUGAUGAAACAAAAGGCAAUUCAAUUGAUCAAAUGAAUCGUCCAAAGAUUAAAAGCUAUACAGACCUGUCAAAUCAAUGGGAUGUCAAUCCAUUUGGUCAACCAGGAAUUGAUUUUCCAUCUUUUUCAUCACCUCCAUUAACCAGUUUCCGAUGCUCAUCUCAACGUUAUCCUGGUUAUUAUGCUGAUCCAGAAGCAUACUGUCAGGCUUUUUAUAUUUGUCAACCUGAUGGUCGUGAAGAUGCUUUCUUGUGUCCAAAUGGAACUUUGUUCAAUCAAAAGUAUUUCAUUUGUGAUUGGUACUUCAAUGUUGACUGUAGUCAAGCAAGAAGCUUCUAUUCAUUGAAUUCACUUCUUUAUGUUGUACCAAACAGGAAAACUAAAUCAGCUCGUCUACAAGGAUCAGGAUUGAGAACUAAUCUCAAUGAUAUUAAUUUUGAAGAAUUUGAUUCUUCAUAUGAAGUGAAACCCAGAAAAAGGGUUGAUAGCGGUGAAUCCAGUGUUGAAUAUGAAAAUGAUUUUGUCUAUCCAUUGAAAGCUGACACAAGCAAAGAGGAAAGUAACCCAUCUAACUCAAUGAGAGACAAUCAAAGAUUCGAUCAAUCAGACGAAAAACCAAUAACGAUGAGCAAAUCAGAAAGCAAUGUUUCUCGAGGAAAGGAUAUCGAGGUAAGAAGUAAACCUUAUUCAGAUCAAGAUGUCCCAAGUGAGGCCAGAUCUAAACCUAAGAUGAAAACAAGAAAACAAACCAACUGGUGGAUUGCUGAAGAUUUGACAAACAAUUUGGGUGUAAGGUUCGGAGUCAAAAAUAAUGGCGAAGAGAGACAAUCAAAAAAAUCAACGAAAAAUGAAGGAAACAAAUCAGUCAAAGUAUAAUUAAGCUUUGAAGCAUUAUCAUUGAUUCAUUUCAUUUGUGAUUUACUUUCAUACUCAACGCCAUUUCCAUUUCCAUUUUCAUCGUAUUUGUUAAUUGAUUUGCAUUAUCUUCUUAAACUCGUCCAAUUUUUGAAUUGCAUUUCCACAAGAUUGAGCAAUUAUUUUAUCUGAAAUUAUUAAUAAAAGUAUAUCUUUAUCAAUUUUGUAUUUAAAAACAUUGAAUAAAUGCCAUGUUUGCCUUAUUUAUCUACAA